AUGAAAACUAUGGCUCAAAAAGCAGGAAUAAACAACGAACGUCUCCGAAAUCACAGUGGUAGAAAAACUAUGAUACAAACACUCAGCGAAAAUGAUAUUCCACCGACUCAUAUCGCUCAGUUGUCAGGACAUAAAAAUCUAAAAAGUAUCGAAAACUACACAAAGGCCUUGACAAAACAGCAGAUGAAAAUGUCUCAAGUUCUUGGCAGUGUUGUAGCUGGUACUGCAACCAAGACGUCCUCGUGCGAAAAAGUCAAUCCAGUGAUUUCUCCAUCAACUUCUGAAUCACAGCAAUCUAUGGCUUUGUUCAGCGGGCUGUCAUUUAAGGGGGCAAUUUUUUAA